AGUCUCUUCAGAAUAUCAGAUGACUCAGAAAACUCUCUAGUUAACACUCUGAACGGGCGUUCGGCAAUCAAACAAGUACUUUUCCUUCGAAACAAGCCGUAGGGAUUGAUUUUUGAGGAAAACUUUUAAAAGCUGGCAAACGCAGAAAGGUCAGCUUUUGUCAAGGCUUCAGCGCCUGUCACUCAAACCUCAGGUGGGUGAUUACGGCUUUCAUCUAAUUAAACACACGCAACGAAAUACAGCAGUGGCAUUCAGCGUGAAAUCCCUGAACUUCACAGUUGUCUUCUGGUCAUUUCAACGACGAGGAAGACAACAAGCGAGCGUGCGUUCAGAAAUGGCAGGAGACUUCGUUCUCAGGAGAUCCGUGACCCGCUGAACGCGCUUGGAUCAGGCAAGAUCCUCGAAGACCCGAGAGUCUGAGACGUCUUGCUUCAUAUAUAUCUUCACGUUCGUUUUUUUGAGGAGGGACGACAGGCAGUACAACCGGAAAAGAGACGGAGAGCGAGACAAACAGGCCUCUGUGGAGAGACACACACUGUUUCUUGGAAGAAGAAAAAAAAGCCGUCGACCUGGAUAAAGUGAGGACACAGCAACUUAAACUAGGACAAAAAGUGAAGCAGAAGAUGAGACGAGAAACAGAGGCAGAGAUGAAGCCUGAAUGACGGGACGCCGCUGGCUCGAGGGGCUCUGUGAUCAUGUGAACAGGGGCUGGAUGAGAGCAUCUGACAUCCCUAAAGAGACCCCACACUCCAGCAUCCCGGAGCGCAAACGCAAUGAACUACUCGUGCUCCAGCGGCUUCCUUCAGGAGCACACAAAGACAGCGGAACGCACUGAGCCGGACGCAUGGCAGAAACACACCGGGCUUUCUCCACGCGAGCGUCUGGAGUGCUGAGGGAGCUCGUCGGCAUGCUUUUUCCAGGGAUGCGUUUCUAGCCGGGUUGAGACCAGGACGCGGCGUUUGGAUGCAGGAACAUGAGGGAGAGAGACAGCAGGGCACGGGCAGUGCCCAGGUGGGGGUUCUCCCAGGGGGACGGGGCAGUGGGACGGGCGGCGCUCCGGUCGAGGACAUGCAGGCGCUGUCAAUCACGUCUCUCUCCACCUCCGAGCUUGAACAGCAGUAUGAGCUGAUCGCUCCUUUAGGCAAGGGCACCUACGGCAAAGUCGACUUGGUGGUGCACCGGACACAGGGUACUAAGCUGGCGCUGAAGUACGUGAGUAAGAACAAGACAAAGUUGCGCAGUUUUCUGCGCGAGUACAGCUUGACGGCGGCUCUGGGCUGCAGCCCGUUUAUCAUCAAAAUUCUGAACGUGCUGUUUGAGACGGAGGACAGCUAUGUGUUCGGACAGGAGUACGCACCUGCGGGAGAUCUGUUCGACAUCAUCCCACCUCAGGCCGGUUUGCCGGAGGAGAUGGUCAAGCGCUGUGUUCAGCAGCUGGGUCUGGCUCUGGACUUCAUGCACAGCAAGAGUCUCGUCCAUCGGGACGUGAAGCCAGAAAACGUUCUGCUUUUCGACCGCGAGUGUCGACGCGUGAAAUUGGCAGAUUUGGGAAUGACGCGGCGGGCGGGCAGCCGGAUCAAGAGGAUCAGCGGCACCAUCCCGUACACCGCCGCCGAGGUGUGCCAGGCCUCGGUUUCGGAGGGAAUCGUGGUGGCCACGACCCAGGACGUGUGGGCGUUCGGAGUUCUGCUGUUCUGCAUGCUGACAGGAAACUUUCCGUGGGAAGCGGCGUUGCCAAGCGACGCAUUCUUCGCGGAAUUUCAGCGCUGGCAGCGGGGGGCGUUUCCUCCCGGGGUCGUCCCCUCCCAAUGGCGGCGUUUUUCGGACGAUGCGUUGCGAAUGUUCGGACGGCUGUUGGCGUUGGAGCCGGAGCGGCGCUGUGGGGUUAAAGAGGUGUUCUACUUCCUGAAAUACGACCUGCUGAAUCAUCACCGCCGCAGAGCUUCCUGUAGGGUGUCUAGGAGCGGUCCCGCACAUUGCUCCGCCCACAGACAUGCGGAGCCCUCUCCGCCUUCAGGCACUUCAUGUCUACGCCCCACCCCCCUCAAACGUAGCAUCCUGUCCGAACCGCAUUCUUCUAGAGAGGAGUCCUCCAAAAGCCCGUCACCCAACCGCCAAGACAAGAGCAAAGUGAUGAUGACCACUCCUAUUGAGAUAUGUGUAUGAAGCCAAACCUGGAUAUAGCCGCAAAAGGUAGCAAUAUUACUUCAGAACUACUGUUGGGAAAAUGUUUGCACAGGAAUGACAACAUACUUCAUCACAGAACCACCAUAAAAGUAGAAAUAGCAAACACAUGCUGACUCUGACUUUGGUAGGUCACUUUAGCACUAGAAAUUAAUCAUCUUUCGCUUUAGGAUAACGUAGGAAAUUAAUUAAAACUGCUUUCAUCUUAAAGGAAUAGUUCACUCCGAAAAGGAAUGGAAAUUCUGUCAUCAUUUGCCUCGUGUCAUUUCAAACCCAUGCGAUGGAUCCUGAAAUGACAUAAAAGUACCAUAUUCUGAGUUCUAAGCCAUAUGAAAGAUUUAUGUGAGGAAUAGUCCUACAUUUAAGUCACUAUAGACCAAAAAGUGCAGAAACUGAACCUGUACGAGUACUGCAGCUGGGUCAGUGCCCUUAAACAGCAAGAGAUGCGUAUGUCAUUUACCCUUAAAAUGGUGCAUAUUAGUAACAUAGAGUAGUAUAUACUAUAGAAAUAUGAAUCCUUAAUGGGUAAAUUAGGUAAAUGAAUACCCCAAAUGUAAAAUUGCUGGAGUUUUUUUUGAAAGAUGUAUAGCUCCCGGUCAUGUGUUGUAUUUGAAUUGAAUGACCUUUGAGAAAUACUGCAGGGGGAAAACAUUUUCAACUUGUUUGGUCUAUUUCUCACUGAUCGUUGUGUGGUUUUUAAGACUUAGGAUAGUCAUAUAGACUACUUUUAUUUUGUCUUUUUUUGGAGCAAGUGUUAUUUUAGUAUCAUUGAUAUACUAUUAUUGUAGCUUCGAUUAUAUUUUGAAUCAGAUUUAGUUUUUUCAGAUUUUCUGGUUUUGAUUUCAGUUUUUUUUUUAAUGCUUUAGUAUUUUAUUUUAAAGAUGUCUGUAUAUAUUAAGUUUUAGUUGUUUAGUUAUUUUAGAACUUCAACUUUAAAGUAAAGCAAAAUGAAAUCUGGCAUGGCAACUUUUUUAUAUAUUCAGUUAAUAGAUUUUUUAUAUUUUUAGAUGUAAAUGACACAUGACAGAGAGGAAAUGAUGCAGGGUGAACUAAACCUUUAAAAUACAGUGGCUUCCAGGGCUGUGAAAUAACAUUAAUAUCAGUAUAUUUUCUUAUUUAGUUCAUUUAAGUAAUAAUAAUACAAAUAAACAAUUAAUAAACAAAACCAUAAACUAAAAAUGAUAUUAAGGAAUAUCACAAUAUUUUGCAGCCCAAAGGCAAUUUUUGAUUUGUAACAAUAAAUUGUAACACAAAAAACCUAGUGGCUAUUUUCAUAAAGCUUAACUUCCCUGUAGUGCACUGAAAAUAGGAACACAAUCUUUUCUUGCCGGAUCAUUAUGUGAAUUUCAAACCAGCCUAUGACAAAAUCAUACAUGUUCACCGAUAGAUAUAUUUUCUACUGGAUUUUUUUUUUACUGGACGUUUUACGAGACAACGGACUCCACGAUCACCUGGAGACUGCCUGGAAGAACUUCCCAAGAGACAGAGGACGUUUUAAUCAGUCUUCAAAGCUUCCUCUCCUGAGUUUUUUAAGUCACCAUAGAUCACAGGGAUUUUAUGAAGUCUCUUUGUAUUUGAUGUGUGCAUUCAAACAACUUUCUAUGAGAUCUUUGAAGAAACGCAUCAGGAGCUGCCCGUUUUCCUGGGAGGUUUUAGAUAAACAGUCGUGAUCUUAACGGCUCGACUGAGACCAGUCUUCUGUGUUCUCGUAUAAUGGGUCAAUUAGGUAAGCGAAGCCUCGAGGGAUCGUUCGAGAACACGAGAGCAUCUGCUCCCUAGAACAUUGUGACUUGUGUUUCGUCAGGUAGUGCUAAUUUGUAGCUUUUUUUGUAUCAGAGAACAAACGGUCAAUUAACUGACUUCUACAGAGACUCUUUUUAGUCUUGAAUUAAAGUGUAUGUUUACAUAGGACGCAUUAGAUAUUGAUUUAGGUGGUAUAGAGCAGUUAAAGUCUUAAUGUUUGAGCUACUUAUCUUGCAAAUGAGCACAAGUAAAUAAAAAAACAAACUCAAGGUCGGAUGAAAAGAAAAAGCGAGCGUAAUCUGAAGGAGACAAUAACAAUCACAAACAGUUUAAUGAUGAUGAAUUUUGCUCCAUUUUUUAUAUAGGACUGUUUCAUGGUGAUUUACGGUUGUUCAAACAACCCUGGAAUAUUGACUUACAAUAGUUGGUGUUUUCUAAUCAAAAGAAAAAAAGUAAAUAUAUAUAAAACUAGAUGUUAUUUAGCUGCUGUAAGGAUUGUCAUACAGUCGUAGAUUGUUCUGAAUGAUAAACAGCUAAUUAAACAGAUUAAAGGCA